ACGCGGACGGGGCCGCCACUCUUUCUCUCUCUCUCUCUCUCUCUCUCUCUCUCUCUCUCUCUCUCCCCCAUUCUCGGUCUCUAUUGCAACCAUAUAUUCUUAGGAUUCGCUCAUACGAUUUUGGACGAGUGCUCAUAUUUUUCCCUGUGUCUCCUUCCCAAAUCAGUGUUGUUAUUGUUGCUGUUCGCCGAGUGAACAAAACUUCUAUCGAAGCGAUGGAUGGUACUAUGAUAGUUGUGUUUCAUGGUGACUAGUGCGCGGACGUUGUUGAUGUUAUUUUUUUUUUCUUUUUUUUUUCUUUUGCAAAGUGUGUGGUUUUCUUUUUUAUGAAAGUGACGGCCCAGCGGCGCCGAGACUUUGUCGCCAGGUAAGGAAGCCGCUCGACCCACAUUGAUCCAGUGAAAAGCCAGAGCGCGAGGUGUCGAUCGGCAGAUCAGCGAGGCGCGAGGGAACGCCGGCCGUCGUCCGGGCCGCGCGCUUGCGAGCGCCAAUGCCGUGUAGCCGUGAGGCUGGCAGCAGCUCAGCCGGCGGCUGCUGCAGCUUGGCGGCUCGUACGAGCGAUGGAUGGGUUUGCCCCCAUCGUCAGCAUCGUCAUCGCCAUCAACGACGGCUAAGCUCGCCACCGCAGUAGCAACAGCAGCAGCGACCACAAGCAGAAGAGCGAGCGACCGAAGAAAGUCAAAUAUAUGGAUGCCCAUGGCUGGAACCUGGCCGAGAUGUGCCAGCGUUACCAUCACGGCAGCCCGACCAGCGGCCAACCCGCGGCCUCGUCCCCGCACAGGGAGCAACAGCAGGCAGCCGGGCAAACGCCUCAGCCGCCGCCCACGUCGCAUAUCGACCAACCAAGCCCGUCUUACUCGCAUUACACGAUGCUGGAGAGUUACGAGAGGGGCGAGGUGACACCACCACCGGUAAGCAGUUACGGUGGUUCGCCAGGACUGCUGGCGCUGCACUCCUCGUUGUACGCGACGCCCACGUCGGGGCGACCCUUCGACAUUGACUCGGGCAUCGACGGCAACGAGAGUCCCAUGUCUAUGGACACGCAGAUCAUACCCAUCCCAGGAAUGUUGAGUGGGCCACAGCAGCGGUUAGAAGAUAUGUCGUGGUUGGCCUCGGGACCAACGUUGCAGGAUUAUCAACAAAGCUUGGGUCCGAUGGGUGGUGGUGUGAAGAUGUGUCCACCGGGUGCCGCUGGCUCCGCUGUGGCGCGAAGUCUCAAAGAGCAACGGAUCCGUCGGCCCAUGAAUGCGUUUAUGGUCUGGGCUAAAGUCGAGCGUAAGAAACUCGCCGACGAGAAUCCCGAUCUGCACAAUGCUGAUCUCAGCAAAAUGCUUGGCAAGAAGUGGCGAGGACUGACGCCGCAGGACAGGCGGCCGUACGUGGAGGAGGCCGAGAGGCUGAGGGUCAUACACAUGCAGGAGCAUCCGAACUACAAGUACCGGCCUCGCAGACGGAAACACGCCAAGCGGGCGCCGGGCGCGCCGGCCUCGCCGCCCUCGGCGGUCGCCGCCGCGGCUCAGGGCAAUCGCUCCAAUGCUCAAGCCAGUGCUAUUCAUCAUAACAUGUCGAAGAUGGAUAACUUCGGCGGCAUGGGAGCGAUGGGAUGGGGCGGCCACUCGCCGAUCUCGUCGCUUUAUCAUCAGCAAACGGCCCAGCCGCAGAGCAUUGCCGACUACAAAUCGGAGAACAAUUCGCUCUACGGGAGCCCAUACACGCCGAUCAUUCACACGCCCGACAUCUCGCCCGUCGCCAGUCCUGAGCCCGAUGGUGACGCGACGCAUUUACCAGUGUCGCAGAAUCCAGAUCCGGAGAGGGAGUUGAUGGAGGGUACGUCGAAGGCGCAGCAGCAGCAGCAGCAGCAGCAGCAGCAACAACACGCCGAGAUAUCCGAGCAGAGCAAACGUUACUCGUACAUGAACAAUGACAAUCAGCUGCAGCACGUCGGCGUAUCGUCGUGCGCGAAUACCGCAGCUCCCGGCUACACGGACACGCUUACCUAUAAAAAGGUGAGCUAUCUGAACUUCGAGCGGCAGCAGCAGUCGACGAGCAUCGCGGUGGGCAUAGCGAACGGCAUGAUGGUGUCGUGUAACAAGCUGCGAUCCGGUUUCGACAACGUUGGCAGCGUCACUGGCACCUUUUAUCCACCCGUCGCCUCGCCGCACGAUCAAUCCAUCCAUUACGCCAAUCAGCAAGCGCAGCAACAGCCGGCCAAAUCGUCCUACGCCCAACAGCAACAGGAUGUCAGUUAUGCCAGGCAGCAGCAGCAGCAACAGCAGCAGCAGCAGACGCAGCAGCAGCAGCAGCAGCAGCAACAGCAGCAGCAGCAGCAGCAGCAGCAGCAGCAGCAGAAUCUUGCUGGCUUGCGCCCCGCAGAGGGCUGCUCCGGCGUGUCACAUCGUUAUCAGCUAUCGCAUCACCAGGACUACUCACCCGACACCUCGGUCAGUCAGCAAUCGCAACAGUCGCAGCAACAGUCGCAACAGUCACUAGCCCUAAGCCACCACCUGGAUGCCACGGCUGGACUGCACCACGACGACGAGCAAGAGCACGUGAUGCAAUUGGAAAAGUACUUCAACAAGUACGCGCACCCGUCGAGCUUGAGCACCGGUGGCACGGCCCACACGAGUCUCACCCAACAGAACCUACUCGACAGCAAUCACAAUUACGCGGGUGAUUUGCGCUAUUACGCGCCGCAGCAGCAACAGCCGACGCAACCCCAACCGACUCAGCACCAGCAGCAGCAGCAGCAACAGCAGCAGCAGCAGCAUCAACUGGAAUUGGCCAGUGCUCAUUGUAUUCUGGACGAACAAGGGAAAGAUGUCGCGCAAUUGGCGAUGAGUCAUCAGGCAAUGGAGCAUUACCAUCAGAGUCUCGAGGCGUCUAAGUAUCAGGAACAAGUGCAGCACCAACAGCAACAACAACAGCAGCAACAGCAGCCUGGACAAAAUUUGCAAGAGCAACACGUGCCUAAAACUGCCGACGACGAUUUCAGCGUUAUAUUGGCUGACGUUCGGAAAACCUGUUACAGUAGCUAGUGUUAUUACUGCCCGCGUCGGUAAGUUAAGUUCUACGUAAGUUCUAGGUAUUUUUCUCUUGCUCAACAGUCGCAAACUGUUGAGGCGGAGAAGGAAACAAAAAUUGUAUAUAAAAAGUAAAACAAUUUUUACACGAAAGGACGGUGAAUGUUCAGAACUGUUGAAGACGAUUUAAUAGCUUUGGCGAACAAACUGCGUACUUGUGAGAGUUUUUCUUUUCUUUAUAUGUAUGAUACGUUUCUGAUCAAACGUUCGAUGAGACUUCCCAUAAUUGUGAUGAUUUUUAAUUGCGAGUUCUGAUUUGUUCCACGGAUCUCUUUUGGUGCUUAGGUAAUUUGUGAAUUUCUUAUUACUUUUUAUAUAGCUAUCUCUCUCUCUCUCUACCCUCAACUUUAAUCCUUUUCGAGCCCUCAGCAAGGGUACACGACAAUCUCGUUGGCACGACGUUAAAGCAAUUUGUACAUGUAUUUACAAAGAUUUUAUUAUAUAUCCACGUGUACUUAGUGUGUAGGCAAAACUCCUUAGUUCGUUUGUCAAACUCUGGAUAAAGCGGCAAAAAGACGCUCAUUGCAAAUAUAUACAUAGUUUGAUAUGUCAGUCGAUUGUAGAUCAAUUACGAGAAAUCUGCACAAAGCGAGUGUUGAUGGCCAGAGUGACAGAGUGUUGUACUUAUUAAGUAUAUAAAAAAAUCUAAGACAUCGCUAGAUUCUAAGGAAAAUUUUAUCACGAAUACGUAAGAUUAUCUGUAAAUAAUGUUGCGCGAAACCUCGUUCCAAAACGAUGUUUUUACAAAGUGUCAAUUCGAUGUAAACGUAUGCAGUAUAGAAACAUGAAAAAUGAAUAAAAUAAAACAAACUCGUUAUCCUGCCCUUGGCGCAUUUCUUUGUAUCACGUUGUAGUACUUUGUAGGCAAUACGACACGCAAAAGAAAUUUUAUAAGCGAGAAUUAUAGAUAAUUAUUUUGCAGGAUUGCGAGUCGUGCAUAUAGA